GUUUGCUUGUUCAGCUCGCUCUCACUUACAUUCAGUCCAUCGGUCAUAGUGUUACUACCCUCCUUUCCGACAUGUCAUCACCAGCCCCAGCUCUACAAGCACCGCCACAAACCUGGGAGACUUCCGGCAACGGCAACAACGCAGAGGCCGGACCUUCUCACACGACCGCUCACGACCAGACCAACGGGAACACGACGACCAUGACGACAGACAGAGCACCUGAUCUACCAGAAAGACCCGGUGAUAUGGGUGCGAAUGUGAACGGAUACAAUCCGAACAAUUCGAUGGCGGCUCCUUCUUCCUACGCUUCCCGGAUGAACCCCAUGUCGAGCGGAUAUGGUGGAGGGUAUGGGGGAGCUAGUUAUGGAGGUUAUGGAGGAGGACUUUCUGGGGGGAUGUACGGUGGAGGAUACGGAGCGGGAGGGUAUGGAGGUGGAUACGGCGGUUCUCCUUAUUCACGUAUGGGAGGAGCCUAUGGCGGUGGAUACGGCAACGGAUACUCUCCUUACAAUAACGAUCCCUAUAACCAACCCCCUUCCCUGUCAAACCAGAUCCAGAAUUCGACCGCCCCUGCAUUCGCAGUCAUGGAGUCCCUAGUCGGAGCCUUCACCUCUCUCGCUCAACUCUUUGAGAGCACCUACAUAGCGACCCAUUCGUCCUUCUUCGCCAUGGUCGGAGUGGCCGACCAGCUAGGGGGGCUGAAGACUUACCUGGCACAGGUCUUGGGGGUGUUUUCGGUCCUGAGAUUGGGGAAGAGGAUCGUCGCGUGGAUCAAGGGCGAUCGGUCCGCUUUUUCCUCUUCAUCAUCUAACCCUGGGAACUGGGCAGAAGAAUGGAACUGGAAGAUCGGUCGAGCGGCAGGCGGACCGAAAGAUCAAGGUCUUUCCCCACCAAACGGACCGACGGGAUCUAAGCGCCCUUCGAGCAAACCCCUGAUCUUGUUCCUCUUGUCCUCGAUCGGAUUACCCUGGUUGAUGUCCAAGUUGAUCAGGUUGUUGACGAAGCUGCAGGAAGAGAAACAGAGGGCGGCUCUAGGGUUAGCCCCUGGUACCAUGCUGGACGCCACGGGAAGACCUGUCAAUACCAAUAGCAGUCCCAAUGCGGUGGGAGGAAAAGCACAAGGACAACCGGGGUCGAUCACUUUUGCCAGAGCUCUGUUCCCCUUUGAACCGACGGCGGGACACGAACUCGCGUUGAAGAGGGACGAGAUUGUCGCCGUCAUGCAGAGGUUCGAAGAGGGUGCUUCUUCAGGGGGGAAAGAACUGGGUUGGUGGAGAGGUAGAACGAGGGAUGGGAGGACGGGUUGGUUUCCGGGUAACUACGUGGAGAUUUUGAGACGGAAAGAGACCACGACCAAGACAGACCCGAAUGUGGAUCCAGGUCGGAUGUCGUCGGCACCAGCGAGCGUCGCAUAGAUUGUACAUACUCGCUAUCAAACGAGGCCAAACGGUCCAAUGAGGUCCAAGAGCUGCAGUUCUACACCACUGCAUAUCCAUACCCGUUUCACAUACUUGCACCGGCCCCAAAGCAAGAACCGCAGCCGGACAUGCGACCACGAGUUUGCCACAUAUCUAAUCAUACAUUCCUA